ACCAUCGUGUUUUAGUUGUAAGCAAAGAUGGAUGCCUGUUAUAGACUCUUCAGCAAUGACUAGUUUUGUAACUAACUAAAGUAUUAAGAGGUAGACUUGAGAAUACCAUGUGGCGGAGCAGGGGAACGGAAGCUACCGUCCCGAAUAAGCACCACGAGAGUUUGAGAAUGGGAGUUGUCGUUGCCGGAGAAGAGUUGCGAGAUUGGAGGUGCCGUCACCGGAUUUUUUUUUUAGAGAACAACAGUAUCUUAGAUCUAGGGAUUUGGAUUUUAGGGAAGAGGGGUUUCGGCAGAAGGUUAGUCUCUGCUUCGUAUUUUAUUUAAUAUUAUAAAAAUGCCAUCGAAAUUCCAGAAUGUCGAUUAAGAUUUGAGUGGAUCUCCAUUUUUCCCGAUUCCACUCUGAUCACAUCUAAUAUCUGCUCUGGGAUGAUGUUGCUUAGCCAAGUCAGACAUUGUUAUGCUCCAUAAGGCAUCCUCUUUGAAGCUUUUUCCAUUCUUCAUUAAAGAGUUAAAUUGGCAAUCUCUUUGGGAGUCUGAUCUAGCUAUUCCGAGGAUGCCUUUUGUAGAAGCAUUUCUCUGAUGAUAAUCUUGGGAUUGGUUGCUCCUGACUAGCGUUUUAUGUUUUUAUUCCUUGUGUUCUUUAUCCUUUUUGCUUAGUCAUGAUUCAUCAUAUUCACUAAGGCUUAUUUCAGAGAAUAUUUAUUACUGUGGCAUGGUUGCAACUUGCAAACUUGCAGAUUUUGUGAUGCCUAAGCCUUCUUUCUCUUCAUCACGAGGAUGAAAUUAAUGAAAAGUAAAAAGAAGUAACUCACUCUCUUAGGACUACAUUUUUGUGUAAGAUGAGCCAGUCAAUAUCCAUAUCCAGUUACAAUUUCCAUUUUAAGAAUUAUAUGUACUAGGAAAAUGGUCCUUACUGAGAUGUGAAUUUUAUUUAGAUUGAUAGUCACUUAAUUCUUUUGUUUUCAGUUGUCAUCAAUUAUGGUUAAUUUUCUUGUGGAGGGUAACAAGCUAAUACAGAGUUGUAAAGAAGGUGUGAUUUUUAGAACUUUGAAGCUCCUCUUUUGGGGAUUUCCGUUACAGGAUGAUAGCUCUUGGUAGUGGCUAUAUUGGAGAUCUUUCUAAAAGAUGCAGCAAGAAAAGCCUCUGGAAAGGAAAUCAGGUUGGAGACUGGGUGACUCGUUUAUCUCUUCAAGGGCAAUGUCCUUCAUAUUAGGCACGUAGGCCUCCUAAUAUUUUGUUUUCUUUGCUAAUUCGGAAUGGUAGUGUACUUGAUGGAAAUUAUACUUAAAUACUGUAUAUAAUUUCCAAUUUCUCAAAAAAAAAAAAAAAAGCCCAACAACAUAGGCAUGAUAUUCUAAUAUUAAAUUAUGAUAUUGACC